GAUAGCAGCAUGCCAUUCGUUCCACACUCACCAUAGCUGCUCAGUAUAAGCCCCGUUCCCUGGUUGCGACCGUACGCUAGAAAAGUUCUGCUACUCUCAUGGCUCUGCCUCAGCUCGACUCCAGCCUAGCCCUCUUCCUGCUUUUCGUGGCUUCAUGUUACAUCAUUGUUAGACGCCUUCGAUCAGGCCGCAGCAAUGGCGACCCAGUACUGCCGCCUUCGCCUCCGGGGCUGCCAAUCAUCGGCAACAUGCACCAGCUUGGUCGGGGACACCACCACCGGAAGCUGCAGGCGCUUGCGCAGCAGCACGGCGAGAUCUUUCUCCUCUGGCUAGGCUCCGUGCCUGCUCUCGUGGUCUCCUCGGCCUCCAUGGCCGAGGAGGUGCUCAAGAACCAGGACCACGUCUUCUGCGGCCGUCCGCAGCAGCACACGGCCCGAGGCAUCCUUUAUGACUGCAGGGAUGUCGGCUUCAGCCCCUACGGCGAGCGGUGGCGCCAGCUUCGCCGCAUCGCCGUCGUGCACCUCCUCAGCGUGAAGCGGGUGGACUCCAUGCGUGUGCUCCGGGAGGAGGAGGUCGCAUCGUUGGUGGCUCGGAUCAGCGCGGCAGGGGCCUUGGAGGGUGACAGGGGCAAACUCCGAGCGGUCAACAUGAGCGAGCUCAUCGUAAGCUUAACCUAUACUGUCAUCUCAAAGGCAGCCUUCGGGAACAAGCUCGGUGGCAUGGAUCCCGGGAGUUUCCGUGCAAUGAUGAAGGAGGUCACUGGUCUGCUUGAAAUGAUCGCGGUGAGCGACAUGUUCCCUCGACUACGGUGGGUGGACUGGGCGAUGGGGCUCGACGCAAGGAUAAAGAGAACGGCAAGCAAGCUUGAUGACGUUCUCGAGAGAACACUCCAGGAGCAUGAGAAGAAGCCCAAAAAUGAUGAUGAGGCUGCUGAUCUCCUUGACGACUUGCUCUCCGUGGUCAAGGAGGGCGGUGAGAGGCUUAACCUGGAUAGGAUUGAUGUAAAGGGGCUCAUCUUGGACCUUUUUAUAGGAGGUAUCGAUACAACAUCCAAGGCGAUAGAGUGGGCAAUGGUCUAUCUAAUCAAGAACCCAAGAGAAAUGGCCAAAGUGCAAGCCGAGGUGAGGCAAAUUGCAGGGGCACAAGGAGUCCUAGAGGAGCAGCUGUUGAGAAUGAGCAGACUGCAGGCAGCCCUGAAAGAAGCCAUGCGGUUACAUCCACCAGUGCCACUGCUUAUCCCCCGUGAAACAAUCCAGGACACUAAGCUCCACGGGUACGACAUCCCUGCCAAGACUCGGGUCAUCAUCAACGCAUGGGCAAUUGGAAGGGACAAGGAAUCUUGGGAGAACCCUGAGCAGUUCCUGCCAGACAGGUUCAUGCACACGUCCAUCGACUAUAAUGGCAAGGACUUUCGGUUCAUACCAUUCAGCGCUGGGAGGAGGGGAUGCCCUGGCAUUGCAUUCGCAACGCGCCUUGCAGAGCUUGCACUGGCUAAUUUGCUGUACCAUUUUGAUUGGGAGCUACCGGAGGGCCAGAAUGUCGAGUCAUUCGAGGUCAUGGAGUCUAGUGGCAUAUCUCCUGUUCUGAAGUAUCCCUUGACCCUUGUCGCAAAUCCCCUGCAAGCAUGAACCUUACAGACUUCCAUAUGUAAGUACUUUGUCAGAAAAAUGAGUACCCCUGUCUGCACCGACCCUUGUCGCGAUACCUCUGCAAGCAGGAACCUUGAAAACUUGCAUGGGUACUUUGUCAGAAAAAUGAGGGGAGAGGCCACUUGAGUACUUGUCAAUCUAUAUACACCGACAUACUCUACAUAUAUGUAUGAUCUAUUGAUUUAGAAUGUGGAACCAUCAAUUUAUCCA